AAACAGCUUAGUAUUAUUUCGUUUGAGGUUGUUUGGUUUCUGGUUUUCUCGUUUUGGAACUUUUUUUUUUUUUUUUGGAAAGAAAGAAUUAUUUUGGGAACUCGACUUCGACGGGAUCCACAAUUCUCGAUCAUUACCACAUUCCCAUUUCUCAAACGCAUCUCGUCUUCUUCGCCGCGCGUAGCCUCCAGUCGCUUCUUCCAUUUUCAUUUCUCUUUCUCGGAGGAUUAGAGAGGUGGUGGUGAAUUUUAUAUAAUUGUUUAAGAAAGGAAAAAAAUCAACGUUUUUGGUGUAUUUGGGGGGGGGGUGGUGGAUUUUGAAGGAGAAGAACAAUGGCAACAAGGAAUGAGCAUCACACGGUGCCGCUUUCGGUUUUGUUGAAGCGUGAACUGGCGAAUGAGAGGAUUGAGUGUCCUGAACUUGUGCAUGGUCAUGCUUUCCAGAGCAAGAAAGGGGAGGACUUUACAUUAAUAAAGACAGAACGACAAAGGGUGCUUGGAGAUGGAGUGUCUACAUACUCGGUUUUCGGGCUAUUUGAUGGACACAAUGGAUCUGCUGCUGCUAUAUACUCUAAGGAGAAUCUCCUCAGUAAUGUGUUAAGUGCCAUUCCUUCAGAUCUUAACAGAGAUGAAUGGGUAGCAGCACUUCCAAGGGCUUUGGUUGCUGGAUUUGUUAAAACAGAUAAAGACUUUCAAGAGAAGGCACAAACAUCAGGAACAACUGUCACCUUUGUGAUUAUAGAAGGAUGGGUUGUAACCGUUGCAUCUGUUGGUGAUUCCCGUUGCAUUCUUGAACCUGCUGAGGGUGGUGUUUAUUACUUGUCAGCAGAUCACAGACUUGAAUGCAAUGAAGAGGAGAGGGACCGUAUCACUGCAAGUGGAGGUGAGGUGGGUCGGCUUAAUACUGGUGGUGGUGCAGAGAUUGGUCCUUUGAGGUGUUGGCCUGGUGGUUUGUGUCUUUCACGAUCAAUUGGUGAUAUGGAUGUUGGCGAGUUCAUUGUUCCUGUUCCUUAUGUAAAGCAAGUGAAGCUGUCUACAGCCGGUGGUAGGCUUAUUAUUUCAAGCGAUGGUGUUUGGGAUGCUUUAUCUGCAGAAACAGCUCUUGAUUGUUGUCGCGGGAUGACUGCUGAUGCUGCAGCUGCACAAAUUGUUAAAGAAGCAUUACAAGCUAAAGGACUACGAGAUGAUACAACCUGCAUUGUAAUUGAUAUAUUACCGCCAGAGAAGCCAACGGCUCCUUUGCCACCUCCAAAGAAGCAAGGAAUAGGCGUGUUUAAGUCCAUGUUUCGUAGAAAGUCCUCAGAAUCAUCUUCUCAAGUUGAUAAAGAAUUCCUUGAGCCAGAUAUUGUGGAGGAAAUGUAUGAGGAAGGAUCUGCUAUGCUUUCUGAAAGGUUAGAUACGAAGUACCCACUUUGCAACAUGUUUAAGUUGUUCAUGUGUGCAGUCUGUCAAGUGGAGAUGAAGCCUGGAGAGGGUAUUUCAAUACAUUCUGGCUCAUUAAACCCAGGAAAAUUGCGUCCAUGGGAUGGCCCUUUCCUUUGCUCAAGUUGCCAAGAGAAGAAAGAAGCCAUGGAAGGCAAAAGAUUAUCAGAUAGACACAGUAGUGGAAGUGACUAGCCAAUGCUCCUCAACUAUAUUCAUAUUUUGAGAGCACUAACAAUUGUUUCAAAUUUGAUCAUAAAUGGGAAGUUGGAUCUUCCUACAAAAUAUUGUUUCCCUUCAAUUUCUCAUGGAGGGUGUCCAGCAUUGGAUCCAAUUUGGCAUUCACUUCAGGGUCUUUCGGAUAUCUUUUCUAAUGUUUCGUUCCUUCAAGUCAGAAGAUCACAGUUAGAGGUGCUUGCUUUUUUAAGACCUGUUUUCUGACUUCCACAGUUAUAUUACAACUGUGACUGUGCUUGUGCCUGCCUCCCUAAAAAGAGUUGUGGAAGGCUUUGAUAAAUUCACCAAUGCAUAAUGACGCAUUGGAGGUCAUUCAUUUCCUUCUGGAUCCAUUCCACAGCAUACCGGUUCUGCCAUUUCAUAGAGCUGACAUUCAAUUAGAGCGGCCUUUGUUGUAAUAUUAUCAUAUAGGGAGUUUGAUGAGAUCUCUUAUAGAUUCAUUACAAAUUUGGAGAACUUGUUUGACCUGCUUGCUGAUGAAUAUGGUCAUGUAGCAUAAAAGUAUAUCCUUCCUUUGACUAGUAGGAAGGUGAACGUGUGGAAUAGAAAAUUGCCAUUGAUAUUUUUUUUUUCUUGGAAGAGAAAUGUCUUAUAUUUUGCUAA